AGCUCGAGGAUGGGAUGAAGGUCCUCGAGGGUCUUACAGUGAAGAUGUUGAGUAUAGCUCGAGGACUCUCUCUGCAAGGGCUCGAGGAGGCCAAGAGGGCAGCUGGGGUCGAGACGUCCAUGGCCUCUAAGGACAGCAGGAUUCAAGACCUCGAGGCCCAGAUCGAGGUUUUACUGAAGGAGCGUGAUGACGCGAGGAGGGAGGCUGCGAAGGCCAGUGAUGACUUGGUUGCAGCAAAGGAUGAGGUCGAGGGGGCGAGGCUCGAGCUCAUCCAGAAGACAGAGGAUUUCGGGCGCGAGCUCGAGGCUGUCAGGGAGAGGGCUUGGGAGGAGUUUAAAACCUCCGAGGACUGCGACAAGAUAAAAGGGGAGUAUGCGUCGGGGGCGUACUUCCAUGCUCUGAAAGAAGCCCGGGCCUUUCUCAGGCAGAAGUUGCCCGACGUCACUCCAGACGACCUGAAGACGGUGCCUUCCAUUGCUGAUACAUUGGAGCUCUCGGGUUCGGAAGAUGGAGGAGGAUCGGGUGGAGAUGUUGAGGAUGGUCUUGAGGACGACGUUGAGAUCGACAUUAGCAACCUCGACCCUCCUCUUGGCCACAUUGGAUGACUUCCCCACCCCAAUCCUUUGUAAUUUUUUGGUUUAAUUUUGACAAUGUAAAUUGAUCGAGGAUUAUGUAUGUUUAGUUAAUUUAUUCGAACUAUUUAUCUCGA